AUCAGAAAAGCUUUAGUAUGAUAUAGAUAUUUACUCCACACGAAGCCACGAACAACACGCCGGGUGUCACCCCGUUUGAGUCCAAUGCUCCCCGGCGCCCGGCAUGGUUUGAGACGGUUGUCUUUCUCCCAAUCUCCCCUUGACCAUGCUACCCCUUCCCGCAACGAACUUUUCUUACCUUUCCUAUACCCGCGGGAGUCCUUCUCUGUACUGACCCAAGAGAGAUAUGUGCGACGUUCACUGUUCUCUCUGGCGGUGGGCAAUAACCGGUUUAAUGGGUCAUCAUCAUCCAAUUGUUGCAGACACACCAGCCUGAAUCCUCACCGUACUACGAGAAAAUAUACCGCGCCGCCCUCGGCGUCGAAUGUUUCGGAUUCUACACACGCUAGCGAGUUAGGCAAUCAUGAUAAUGGUGGAGAGUCGAAGGAAAUGGAUACUGGCGCAUCCAGCGUCCACGAUACUUGCUCCACGGCUAGCGACGCAUCGUCCGAGUCAAGCUCCGAGCAAUCUAUGGAUGUAUUCAAAGAAGUUGAGGCCAUUGAAUCCAACAGUAGUGGCAUAGUCCGGCAAGUUCGCGCGGAGAAGUGGUGGAGGAAGCAAUUGGAACGAGAACUAGCGGGUAAACCGCCGCUUAGGCAAAACAGGCUCUAUUUGGAAUGGACGGAUAUAAUGAAUGAGAUCAUGGCCCUGAGGCGCGAUACGGCAAACAUACCUGCUCCGUCAUAUGCUAAAACUAUAUACUUGUCCGAACCGGAGGUCGUCGCUCUGGCUGGUGAUGAGAGGGAGAACGUGUGGGAUAUCAGGGUGUUGAGCGGGUGCCGUGUCCACAUACUGCCACGAGAACGCGAAUCUCGGGAUUCCACGCGCAAGGUGGUCCUUACAGGCUCUCCGGAAGCUGUUAGACUAGCCGAGGAGGAGAUUAGAUCGGCCAUCGAAAUGGUCCAUGAAGCUGACGGUAGUGUGCAGCCUGACUCUCUACCUCUCUUUGUGACUGCUCAUGAUUGGAAGCAGGAACAAGGGAUGGAUACUCCAACGAUCCGAUCGGUCUGGACACAUAAUGUGCCAUUGAUAGCGGAAGGGAAAAGAUCAAGAAUCCCCGUCCGAGCAGAUGCUUUCCGAAAGCCCGAGAAGUGGACUAUCAAGAGUUUUGGCGACUAUCUCGAAUCACUUACGAAUCUCGCUUUCUCAACUUCUAUUCAUAACUUGUUGUAUUCGGAUGGACAGCUAAACCGAGAUAUGAUCAUUGAUAUAAUACGGGAGCUUUUCACGAGUCCAGACAUGCAACAGUUUCUGUCCACUAGAGCAGUGAAUUCUGUCAUUUUCUAUUGCUACCGAUACCCCCAAUAUCUACCAGUACUUUUAUCUCUAUUCCCGAAUUUUGAGCACUUGAUGACGACUAGGACUUUUAACGCCUUGCUCACGGGCUGCUCUAAGAGCCAUGACCUAAACAGGUUUCGUUAUCUCAUCUCCCUGAUGAAGCGAUGCGGGGUUAAACCGAAUGGUGUGGAGUGGGUAGCUUUUAUUGACACUAUUCUGUCAACCGGUGUGAGGCAAAAAGUGGUCGCGCGCCUGCGCAAGGAGAGACUUCUGGAUAAUGAGCGUAUCCUUCGUCGUCUCGUAUACCGGAUCAUUCCAGACUCGUUCACUUCACAUUUAGACAGUGGCCAGUCCGUUAAGGACUAUAUUGCAGUGAUGGAUAAAAGAUACGGAAAGAACUGGAUAUGUACCGACUCAAUAACACAUAUGCUCGGCGUAACUGUGCGUUUACACAAUACCGAAGCAGCUCGCGAGAUUAUGCAGUUCUGCAAGCAAUCGCGGCUAAAGCUGGAUGUCCAGGGCAUGAAUUACUGCCUUGCGGUGCAUCUCAAUAAAAAGCAGUACUCAGAAACAAUCGCCGUCUAUUUGGAUCUUAUCAGCAAGUACCGUCGGCUCCGAGCAAAUAACGAAACUAUCCGAAUUCUCUUCAGCGCCGCAUGGCAGGCUAGACACUACAACACCUGCCGUGUCAUUUGGGCCUAUGCCUGUUUCUGGGGCUUCACAACCAGCAGCAUGAAACACAUGGUCCUAUUCUCCCUCCUCCGAAACACAGUACCCACAAUGGGCGACGAAGCGAGGCAAGACUGGCUUAAAAAGGCCGGCAAGGCCAUUGCUGGAAUUAAUCCUAUUAUGUCUGAACUUGAUUCUCGUUUUGACGUCCUUAGAAACGCACCACGUACUCCUGCUCAAGAAAUGCUGGGGAGCGAUAGCGUUAUGUCCUUGUUGACAGAGUAUCAACCCGCCGGUGAACUGCGGAGCCGGCAGCGGAACCUUGCCCUCUGGAUCAUCCACGGGGACUUCCUCGCGGCGUGGCGUUAUAAGCCGCGGGUAAAGUUCGAGGAAAUGAUGUGGGAGGCUAAUAUGCUUGAUAUGGCGUGGUGGGCAGAGGGUCACGCUAGAAAUAUGUCGGUUACGGAAAUUGUUAGAGACGUGAUCAGAAUUCCCGUGGAUGAGAAGAACAGGUGGAAGAAAAGGACGAAGGAAUAUGGUAACGAGCAAUUGGAGGAUGAAAUAAGAGAGGAGCAACAACAACGACAAGAAGAAGACAAAGAAGAAGAAGAAGAAGAAUUGGAUCAGCAACCACAGGAGCCAGAGCAAGGGCCAGAAGGACGUUUAGAAGGCCGGCCAGAAGGACGGCCGGAACAAGUGCUGGAAGGAAUACUAGAACGAGAACUAGAACGGAACCUAGAACAAGAACAACGACGACGACGGCAACAGCAAGAUAUAAAGGGGAAAGAAGAGGAGACGGGAGAGGGUGUUAACAAAGACGCAACCAUUGUUUCUAAUGCAAGAUCUGCUCAGCCUGAGCUACAGUUGGAGCACACGGGACAUAAAGAGGGAUGGAUGGGAGGGUCGGUUUCAAUAGACGAAGUUAAGGAAAUGUUUGAGAGAAAGGGUAUCUCCUGGAAAGGGCCAGGCAGCCCUUGAAUGCUUACGAGUGACCUCGGCCUGUUAUAUUCUGCUUUAUAUGUAUUUAUAUAGAUCCCCAACACCAUCUGUAUAUCGCUUCUUCCACAUCUUCAUGAUUCCCUCCCUCGCCUUUUUCCAUCUAUGUAUUGUAUUUUACCUUAUAUCUGACUUGUUCUCAAGUUUCUUGCAAACUACCCGACCGGACUCUGUUGGGGAACGGUGCACUGUUUUUGCAUUGUCUGAAUUACUAUCUAACAUCGAUAUUUCUCCAAAGAUAUUGCCUUGAUCCUUGAUCAUGUUAAUAGGAUCAUCAAACUGGGGGGUAUCUAACAGUUUAAGUGAAAUUAAACCUUCGCUCUCUAUCUCCUAUUGCCAACUCCUUUAUGCAAAAAGUGCCUUGGAUGCAUCCCUGUGGCUUCUUCGGGUUGAUAAUCACGGCCACGCCCAUUGGUGACUCACGGGGGAUGCUGAGCCUUGUUCUGGAUACUGGGUUUUAAGGGAAGGGAUGGAGAAAUGGUCCUAUCUAUCAUCCCCAU